CAGAGCCGGGCGCUAGGGAGCCUGCGGCCGAGCGCGGGUCGAGCCGCCCCCAGCCUCGGGGCCGAGAGCCAAGAGUUCGAGGCCUCCCCGAUCCGGAUAUGAUGAAAAGGAGCCGCAGAGGGAGAAGUGUUUCUGGAGUAUAGGCGCGCUGUAAGGGGGAAAGAGAGGCAGAGGGGAAAGAGUCCCCCUCGGAGGGGAGCCAGCGGGGCUGAGCUGGCUGGAAAGAGGAGGCGGAGAGCGCCGAGCGAGAGGAGCGGCGGCCGCCGCCGUUGCCGCCACUGCGGUGUACGCUGAGCGGGCGGGAGGAGGGGAGGGACACCCAGGGGUGGCCGCCGUCGGGCCAGCGCGACCCACGGCCCCUGCCGGAGCCUCGCUAGCUUUCCGAGGCGGAAGAGGAGGAGGAGGAAGGGGCUUUGAGUGAGUUGGGGGGAUGCCGAGAAGCGGUCAGUUGCCUGCACCCAACAUCUCCGAGCCCUUAGUGCGUCCGCCCCGCAGGGCGGCGAGCUAGGCGGAGGCGCGGCGAGGGCUCCGUGAAGCGGCCCAUGUCCGGCGCGGGUGAAGCCCCCGCUCCCGGGCCCCAGCUCGGGGCCGAGGCGGGCGGUGGCCGGCUGGGCGCCGCGGCCCAGGAAAAAUGUGAUAAAGAAAAUACUGAGAGAGAUAUAACUCAAGCCACUGAUAGCUGCUUCACACAUGGAGAGAUGCAAGACCAGUCCAUUUGGGGAAAUUGUUCGAAUGACGAACUCAUCAGAACCCAACCUCAGCGCUUGCCUCAGCUUCAAACUGCAGCACAGGAAGGUGAGGAGGAAAUAAGCAAGAUAAAGAACGGCCACCCAAGUCUGAGCAAUGGAAAUGGAAUCCACCACGGGGCCAAACAUGUAUCUGCAGAGAAUCGAAGACUUUCAGCACCCGUUUCUCAAAAAAUGCAUAGAAAAAUUCAAUCCAGCUUGUCUGUAAACAGUGACAUCAGUAAGAAGAGUAAAGUAAAUGCUGUCUUUUCUCAAAAGACAGGCUCUUCACCUGAAGAUUGCUGUGUCCACUGUAUCCUGGCCUGCCUGUUCUGUGAAUUCCUGACCCUCUGCAAUAUUGUCCUGGGACAAGCUUCGUGUGGCAUCUGCACCUCAGAAGCCUGCUGCUGUUGCUGCGGAGAUGAAAUGGGAGAUGACUGUAACUGCCCUUGUGACAUGGAUUGUGGCAUCAUGGAUGCCUGUUGUGAAUCAUCAGACUGUUUGGAAAUCUGUAUGGAAUGCUGUGGAAUUUGUUUUCCUUCGUAAAUAUUUAUCUUCUGUUUGCAUUAAAACUGGAGAGUGUUUUAAAAUUUUUCUUUUAAGGGGAAAGGAAAGCACAUGGUAAGAUUCUCAUCAAACAAUCCAGUAUUUGCACUGUUAACUCAUUAUUUUAGGAAAUCUCUGAGAGCCUUUUUUUUCCUCUAACCAAAUCUACAUGGUUUAAUAUGUGAAAUUUUAACUACUUUUAGACUUCUUAAUAGGUUACAAUGACUGAGGGACAUUUUGACAAAACAGAAAGAAAGGAAGGGAGGGAGGGAGAGAGGGAGGGAGAAAGAAAAAGAAAAAGACAAAAUGUCUCCUCCUUUUUAUACUUAUUUCUAUUUCUUUUAACCAUUCUUAGGAGCCCCUUGCUCCAAAUGUAUUAUUUCUCAGUGGUUAUUUAAAUCAGACAAUUUAUUUGUGAUGUUUAUUAAUGGUUAAAAGUAAGUAUUCUUUAAACUUUGGGAAACAAACCCACACAGUUGUUGGGGACCCAGUGUUCAUCUCCAUGCUGUGUUCUCCACUCGCUCAGCAAACACUGAGUGCCUGCUGUGUGUAAUCUCCUGCUGCCACACAGAGAUGGAUGUCAUUCAGCUCCAAUCCAGAGGAGCAUAGGAAAGUUUAGAAGAGGAAAGAGACCUGUAAAGAAUAAACCAGCCCACAAGGCAUAUUGAAGUGAAGAUUAUGAGAGAGAGAAAAACUCAAAUGGCUAUAGGAAUACACAGAAAGGAAAGCUAAUGUCUACUGGAAUAUUCAGAAGGCUUCAAGGAGAAUGUGGCAUUUGAAGGAGGCCUCUUAGGAUGAGUGAUUCAUCUGCUGCUUGAAUGAAUUAGAUUUAGGGCCAAGUUUUAGGUGACUAGCCCGAGCUGUGUGUGCCCUUGAGCAUUUAGAAGAAAAACGCCUUAAGUAGGUAUUUUCUUUUUUUAAACUAUAAAAUUAACUAAUAAUAUGCAUUUUUUACAUAAUUUAGAUGUUAUGAUAAAGUUUUGAUUAAAAACAAUGCUUUAGUAAAAUAUCUAUAUUUUUUAAAGAACGUGGAAUACUUUUGAAAAGUUGUACUUAAAUUAGGAGAUUUUUUAAUAUUAAAAUCUCAGCAUUCUGAUUUUGAUUUAUUCAAAAGCUUUUCUUUUUGAGAGCUUUAAGUCUUUUGCGGGGGGGGUUGUUAAGAAACAAACCGACCCCCCCCCCCACCAAUAUUUAUAAACACAGUUAAUCUUAAAUGCAAACCAUUCCUUCCAAUUCAGUGGGAAUCUUGACAUCCACUACUAUGACCGAAUUUCAGUACUGCAACUUUAUAUUAAAUUAAACCAUUAUGGCAGGUUAUAAAUAUCCUUAAGUAUAAAGAAAUGAGUCAGAUACAAGACUUACUAAGUGUUAGCGACUUAGUAAGUUACAAAGUUACUAAUACAUAGAGACUUUGUGUGAUGCAGAUGAAAGGGAGAGUAAAUUUUCAUACUACCGGCUCUCCUACUAAGUUUGAUGUCCCCAAAUUGUAGUUUGGUUUGAUUUAAUUGUAGUUCCUUGUAGAAAUUCUGAAAGUAUACCUUUGGAUGAAUAGUUAUUUUUGAUUCUUUCAGUUGAAUAUCAAAUUGAUAGUGAAAACAAAUGCAUACUUUUAGGAAGCCUUUUAGCAAAUUUAGGCUUUUAAGAAAGAUUUUAAACCUAAAGCAUGGGUAUGAGACCGAGGGUUUUUCCUUUGAGAUGAAACUUAGUUUCUACUUAUAUCAUUACUUAAAAGGCUUAAAAAAGGAAAAAAGUUAGCAGACUCUUGAAUCCCCCUUUCAGUACUGUUUACGCACACACACAUACACACAUACACACACACACACACUGUUAAAUUGUCCGGUUUAAAUAGAGUUCUAGUAAACAGCUGUCUUUCGGUUCCUUGUCUAAAGAGCGUCUUUGAUGUAACAAAUGAAAUAUAAGAACAUCUUUCUACUAUUUCAUAGUAACCAGAGUCUGAGUAUUUACAUAUACCCAAAGUUAACUUAUGCAUAUAUAUUAGGAUGUGAGAGUAUCAACUUUAUAUUGACAUAUAAAACCUCCUAAUGACCUGGAAUCAUUAAAAUAUUAUACUUUUUGUCCUGCAAAAAUUUUCAGCCAAAUGGUUUGACUAAUAUUUAAGUGUAUUCUGCUACUAUUUGCGAUGAUGAUAUUAGCACUUUUAAAAUAAUGUUUCUCUGUAACAGAGAACAUUAGUUGAUAGCAGAAUUUUAUUCUCAUAUUUAUAUUCAUAGUACUUUUGCUCUAUUGUCUAUUCUGCAGUCAUUCCAUAAAGUACCAUGUAUGAUUUUUAAAAAAUAAAUGAAAAAAACAAAAGUAGGCAAAUGUGAAAAUAGUUUCAAUAUGUAUUUUAGAAUUUCUGUAUGUAAAAUGUUUUGUUGAAUUAUAUGGCCAUCAUGACUAAGUGCUCUAGCUUACAGUUAUAGAUUUGGUCUCUUUUUAAAUGUGGAAACUUAAUCUUAAAUAUUUUUAAACUGGAUCUGUAU